AUGGUUCUCGCCAUGCUGGGGGCUCUGUCCCCCAGGGCCGGGCUGAGCCUCUUCCUCCUCUACCUCGUUCUGGCAGCUGCACUCCUUCGCCCCCAGCCUCCGAGGUCUCAGCGCUCUGUGCCCGAGGAGUUUUCGGGCCCCCUGGAAGUCUCUGAGCCGAUCUCGGGGCUGGUGGACGACUACGGGGUCCGACCCAAGCACCCCUGGCCUCGAGGACCACGGCCCCUCCUCUCCCGAGCCCAGCAGCGCAAGCGCGACGGGCCAGACAUGGCGGAGUACUACUACGACGCCCACCUGUGACUGUGACCGCAGCUCCCUAUAAAGCUAUU